AUGUACGUGAGCUAUCUGUUGGAUAAGGACACCAGCAUGUAUCCGGGAUCUGCAAGGUGCACCAGCAACAGCCUGCCCGUGCAGAACUUCGUGUCUGCCCCAGCCUACUCCGACUACAUGGGAUACCACCCCGUGGCAGCCCUGGACAGCCACGGGCAGCCGGCGCCCGCCUGGGGCUCCCACUACGGCCCCCAGCGCGAGGACUGGGGCGCCUACGGGCCAGGCCCUUCCAGCGCCGCGCCCGCUGCCCACAUCAAUGGCUCGUCCCCUGGCCAGGGCUCCUACAGCUCUGCUGACUACAGCUCCCUGCACCCCGCUGCUGCUGCUGCGCCCUUACCUCCUGUAGAUACAAUCCAUGCCCAGCAAAUCUCUCCCAACAGCCAAAGGCACAGCUCUUAUGAGUGGAUGAGGAAAACCGUGCAGUCCACGUCCACAGGUAAAACGAGAACGAGAGAGAAGUACCGAGUGGUUUACACAGAUCAUCAGAGAUUAGAAUUAGAGAAGGAGUUUCAUUACAACAGAUACAUUACAAUCAGGAGGAAGUCUGAACUGGCUGCAAACCUAAGACUUUCCGAGAGACAGGUGAAAAUCUGGUUCCAGAAUCGCCGAGCAAAAGAGAGAAAAAUGAUCAAGAAGAAAAUCUCGCAGUUUGAUGGCAGCGGGGGCUCAGCUCAGAGUGACUCUGGAUCACUCAGCCCAAAUGAACUGUCAAAUUCUCUGUUCCCACCACCACAUGCAAUAAAUGGAUUACAGCCUAAUGACAUUCAUCAAGUCAUAGUUUCAGAAUGAACAGAGGGAAAAAACCAAAACAGGAAAAAAAGGAAAAGCAAGAAUGGAUUUCUCCACCACUGCCACCCCUCACCUUGGAAACUCAGCUUCCCAAGGAACCAUUUUCAUUUAUCUGCCUUCAGAGUGCUGAUUUCUCAGCAGGAAAUCUGAGCCUAUAAGCAAAAUAUUUUAAUUAUUGCAAAAAUCUCAGGGACUUUGUGCUGCUAAGAUUCAUUUUUUGGUAUCUUUGCUAGCAGGUAAUUUGCUUCAGACACUGACACAAAGAAUGAUCCAGCUGAAGAUUCAGUACAGGUAGUUCUAGUCUGAUCAUCCAUGUCCACAAAAAACAAAGAGAACUGAUUAUAAAAUAGAGUCCUAUUGCAUCAGAUCUAACCAUCUGGGUGUGAUUGGUUUGUUCCAUUUAUAUGAUUAGAGGAAACUGUAGAUGUUAAUAAAUAUUUACACUUAAAUGGACUGAGAAGGAUGCUACUUUUUGAAAACAGCAAAACCAUUUAAAACACUUUUAAAUGCUCAAGGACCAUAAUGUUGCUAUACCAACAUACUGUGCAUUUAAUUAAAUAACACAGAACAUCUCUGUCCUAUGGAAUUGUAUUCAAGCAAUAGUUACAGAUAUACCAAACCUGCCAAGAUUUGUUCCACUGUAAAAAAUGCAAUUUCUCAUGCACAUUAGGAAAUGCCAGAAAAUUUGGAAGACAAGUAUUACCUCAGUCUUCUAGGACUGCAGAUAUUGCUCAAAAAUCCAAGUACAAAUGAAAUGGAAACAGAACUGUUACUACAAGCAAAUCACCAAAAAGCAAAUAAAGAAUUUGCUUGAUGUCUUUAAAGAUUGGAAGUGAAACAGGAACAGUCUCAGGCCACUGAUUCUAUCCCUGAUGCUUAUUUGGGGCUGAAGACAACAACUCUCCCAAAGUAGCUGAGAGGGUAUUUUGAAGCUGUCACCUGCAGAUGAAAUGUUCAAUGAAAAGAAAUGUUACAAAUUAACACAAAUUAAGGAAUGAUCACAGUGGGGUUUGCUUUAAUUACUGCUCCAUGUUGGCAGGUGAGAAGGUAGCAAUGGUAUCUGAGAGACAACUGAUGAGUCUGGCAAAAGCAAAGAAAACCCAAAGCACUAAAAAAAUCCCCAAGCCCUUCAGUUGUACUGUUCUUUGGAAUUUCUUAAGAUGACCUUUUUGCUAGUAUAGAAGUAAACAGCUCUAUUGGGAAGAUUUAAUAUUCCUGAAAAUGUCAAGGGGAGCAAAGGUGAUAAAAAGGGAGAAAAGCAGAACACAAACAGAAAACAGCAUUAUGAAAAUCAUGCACCACAUAUUUCAGCAACAUCAAACUCUUGCUCUCAGAAACAGCAGAAUAAAUUCUGCUUUUCUUUGUGUCAAUGAUCAUCGAUAAUGCACUGAACGCCAUGGACAGAACUUGUCAAAGCUCUCAGCAUCUGGAUUCAAAACACUGGAUAGCAAAUUUGAGGAUAUGCCUCAUGAUUCUUCAUUUAUUUUAAAACAACUCUGUUAGAGUAACUCCAUGAAAGCAGUUCUGUUGGCAGUUAGAAGGAUAACACUCAUCAGAACUAAAUUCUGAAUUUUAUCUUUGUAGACAUAAAUGUCUCAAAUUAAACUAGGAAGAAAUGCUGUAACAUAGAUUAAGACCUUACUGUAAACAUUUUGUGGGUGGUUCCCCAAUAUAUUUUCUAGCCAUCUCCCUAUCAUAUGGCUCAAAGAAAUGGGUGUAUUCUAAUGCAAACAAACUGUAAACAGAAAAUCUUGUGUACAUAAAUAAUUAUAAAACUCAGCCUGAUGAGAAAUUGA